UAUUACGAGGAGUUGCAGAGAAAACAAGCAAGAAUAGACAGUGAGAAUAUUCAACCUAUCUAUGACGUUCAAAUUCCUCCAUGCGUUGUUACUCCUCCCCCCAUCCACCACGAACACCUGAACAUCAAAUAUUUUCUGAGUUCUAUCGUUUAUCUAACCAUAAGAAGUGAAAGUGACGAAGAAACCGAUAAUGAUUUUGAUGCAGAUACCCGAGAUCCCAGGAACCUUACACUCGAUGAAUAUUUAGAUGGUGAUGAUGUAAAUGAUGAGGAAAGCGACCAAGAGAGAGUUUUCUUAAAUGACACGGGUGCAUUUGAUAACGUUUAUUACAAUCCCGAGAACAAUAUCUCUGUAUUAUUCGCAUCGUACCGUUUAAAUGCACAGCAAAUUGCACAAGAGUCAAGCUUAUCGAUUGAGGCGCAGUAUCAUGAAAUAUUGAGUUUAUCCCACAUUCUUUUAUUGCAAGCCGAUAACUUCUCAGAUCUUCAAAUUCAAGAGUUUUCCCGGGCAUUAUUUCGGGAAUAUAUUGAGACUGCACUUGAUGACGACCUUGGUUUGGGAGAAGCAGAAAAGGCUAUAGAGGGAUCAUUUACGAAAUCUUUCCAAGACACCACUGAUCAGAAAAAGUUUGAAAUCAUGCGGUUUAUAUUUUUACAGCUGGUUAGAAAUAUUCCCAUUAAUCCAGUAAAUGAACUUCUUAGUGAAGGCACAUUGACUGUUAACAUAAUAAGCCCGAUAUUGCGUUUUUUUUUUCACAAUGCUACAAUACAUCCAAGUAUAUGGCCGAACACAGCUAGCAUGAGUGCAAAGGUCCAAAAGCUUGCCAACUUUGACCCUUCGCGUGCAAAACAGCCGGACAUGAUUGGCAGUAUUGUGAAUAAUAACAAAUCUAGCUACAAAAUGAUGUUCGGGGAGAUAACUGGCUGA